AAUUAGAUAUAAGAGAUUACUAGAUAUAAGAGAGAUCUCGUGAUCCACAAAGGAUUCGGUUGAAUUUAGGAUCUCGACAAAAAAGGAAAAUGAUUAAGAAGGUUUAGUUUACUUACACAAAAAACUCAGCUUAUAAAACAAUAAAUAAAAACCAUUACUUGAUUCCUUCAUUCCUGACACAUAUUGACUAUUAAAAGUGAAUUUUAAGUCUCAGGAUCUCGGCAUCCACAUAGGGUUCGGUUAUAAAAAUUGGUAUGUGAACUUUAAAGAUCUCCACAAUAAAGAAAAUUACUUAAAAAGUUUAACUUGCCUAUAAGACUCUAAAAAUAUGCUGCGUAUUUUAAAAUGGUAAUGUUUUUUUUUUUAGUUUUUGUUUAAUAUAACACCUUUCUUUAAUGAAAAGACUGUUGGUACAAUAUGCAUUUGUUGAGACGUCUCCUUUCGCUGCCUUUCAUUGAACUCGAUCUGCCGAUCGUUUGGGGGUUUGAAUGGCUCAAAGUCGGUUUCGUUGGUGAGUUUGUUUGUCACCGUCGAAUCCCGCUUAAAUGAGCGACCGCCUGCAGCGAGUGUGAUCCAGUUUCCCAAGCGUUUUUUGUUUAUCUUCUUGGCCUGCAGCGGAAAAUGGAAAGUUGCUCGCUGCAUUCAGCCGAACUUCGCCCACAAACUGCAGCUCUCGAAUGGGUUGUGUCAUUUAUUUUUAUAUAUUUUUCCCGAUUGUUAUACAUUUUUUUUUUCACCCAUCUGUCUGAGUUUUGAUUAAUUUGCUUGCAUUCAACAAAAAGUAUUUUUACUUUUCAAAUGCUGACUGGCCAUGAGUUGGCGUUGGGUUUCUAUGAAGUUUUGUCUUUUAUUUUUUAUUUUGGGAUUUUUAAUUGAAAAAUAGUUGAUUGAGAAAGUGGCUAAGUCUUUGGAAAUAAAGUCUUGAAAAUUCGAUAUAUUUUAGUUAUCUUCUUAUAUUUCUUUAUAACUUUUUAUUAAAAACAUAUUAUUCCAAUUCCAAAAUGUAGUUAUCUUUUAAAACUUUUCUAAAUUAAAUAUAGCAAUUAAAAUUAAAAUUUAUUAAUAAUGACUUGUGGCAAAAAACAAGCACUUGUGCAUAUCAUUCACUUAAAGUUACACCCAGCUAAUUAGCAUCCACACAAAAACGGCCUUCAUCAAUCAUCUCCCUCGAUUGUCAUUCCAACGACCCACAUUCCGCCCCACACCACCCACCGCCCCACAGUAAAUAAGUUCAUUAACCAUCCACACACACCCAACUCAGGUUCCACAAAGGUAACCCACAAUUAAAGACAGCUCGAAUUUCACGCAAUUACUAAAUACAAAACAAUUGCAUUGUUUAAUGUCAAGUUCAAUGCACGCAGACAGUUGGACAGGCAGAAGAGCCACCCACAAAAACACCCAUCCAUCCUCCCACUGAAAAUCCUAUUAAAUAAUAAAAAUAAAUCGAAUGCAAUUAUGAGUGUGAAAAGAGAGGGAAGGGUAAAGAUGUGGAAGGAGAAAACUGUAGAGACAAAGAGAAAGAGAGCAAGAGAGGAAAGCUUUCAUGUGGUGACCUCUUCCGAAGAAAAUGUAAUCAAAUCUACACUGGAGAAAACUUGGUCGUACAGAAAUACAUUGUUAUUAAAAUAUUAGUGCCAUAAGUGUCAUCAACUUUUUAUUUGCUUUUUGACUAGAUCCAGUUGGGAAUUCUAGUGCCACGAAAUGCAGGCUUAAAUUAUCGGUUUAUUAGAGAUUUUGUUUUAAUAUUAAAUUUUUUCUCUGAUAUCAGCUGAUUGCCAACAUUCUCUCUGGAAGAGAGCGAAAAAGUGGGGAUCUCUCGUUUCUAACUCUCCGCAAAAAAAGGUUUUCUGUUAUUAUUUGUCAGCUGUUGCCCCGUUAGUUGCUUUUACUAGCUCGCUCUCUCUGGUAAUCGCCGUCUUUCUCUCUCUUGCUUCGAGCUUUGCUCUGCCUGCGCCGCCGACUUUACUGCUGGCGCUGCCUUUAGCUUCGUUUGCUUUGGUCGCCGCCUUUCAGUUACAAUUCGUAUUCCAAUUGGAACGCCGCGAUUUCCUCCGUUCUGUGCACUGCUCCUCGGCCCGUCCGCUUUGCGGCUCUCUUCGCGUCGCGGCUGGUUGCAUUUGUAUUGGUAUUUGCAACAGAUUCGCAUGCAAUUUGUUUGUGCAAUUCGGAAAAUUGUUAUGAAAAGUCAAUCAACGGAAAAUGCAACACGAAAAUCCCAAAAAAUUAACAACCUGUAAAAUAAAACAAAAUGUUUUGUCCCCAAUGGCAUAUUGACAUUUACAGUGAAAUAAAGUGAGAAGGGGAAAACACACACACACAGCAAAUAAAAUAAAAACAAAACAUAAGGCAAAAAGCAAGCGGAUCGUAACGAAACGCUGACCAAAACAAACGGCAAAAACAAUGUAAUUGUUGAAACGUAUGUAAAUCGCCGCGUGCACAAAAAAGUUAAACAAAAGGAAAACACCCAACAAAACAAACACACAAUACCCAGUGAAAAGGCUAGUGAGAAGUGAGAAAAAUUAGUGGAAAAUACAGUAGAGGUCGGCCGGGAGGAGUUGAAUCUCGCGGAAUAAUGCGGCAUUUAAUCAUGACCCCGGCGUCGCUGUCGGCAUCGACGCCGACGCUUUCCACACUUCAUCAUCAGCGCAUGGCGCUGCAGUCGCAGUCGUCGUCGCAGUCGCCGCUGACGUCGGCGUCACAGUCUCCGUUAACCCCAUCGCAGUCAUCGUUUUUUGGCUCGCCCAAGUUCCCAGCGAAUUACGAGCGCAGCGAAAAAAUAAAACUCAAAAAAGUCCUGGGCCUGACUGUGUGCAGCAAUGCGGCUUUGGAUGUGUCCCCAGUCAGCGGCCUGCUGGCCUAUCCAGCUGGCUGCACCGUGGUGCUAUUCAAUGCCAAGCGCCAGACACAGGCCUACCUGGUCAACACCUCCCGCAAAGCAUUCACAUCCGUGGCCUUUUCGCGCUGCGGGCGCUACGUGGCCACCGGCGAAUGUGGCAUAAAUCCGGCCAUUAAGGUCUGGGAGCUGGAGACUCCCAACGGCAGUCUGGAGCACUGCAGCGGCGGCAGUGUGGUGGCGGAAUUCGUGGACCACAAAUAUGCCGUCACCUGUGUGGCCUUUUCGCCCACGGGCAAGUACCUGGUAUCAGUGGGCUCGCAGCACGACAUGAUUGUCAAUGUGUUUGAUUGGCGGGCCAACCUCAAGAUGGCCUCGAAUAAGAUCAGCUCCAAGGUGGCCGCAGUUUGUUUCUCCGAAGACGGUGGCUACUUUGUGACCGUGGGCAAUCGCCAUGUCAAAUACUGGUAUUUGGAAGGUGGCAGAAAGUACAAGGAUCCCAUUCCCUUGAUGGGACGCAGCGCCAUUCUGGGUGAUUUGCGGGACAACGACUUCUGUGCGGUGGCCUGCGGCAAGGGCGUGUGCGCGGAGAGCACGUACGCCAUCACCCGGCAAGGCCAUCUGGUGGAGUUCAGUUCGCGCCGCCUGCUGGACAAGUGGGUGCAGUGCCGCACCACCAACGCCAACUGUAUCUGCGUCAACGAGCGCUUCAUUCUCGUCGGCUGUGCCGAGUCCAUCAUCCGCAUCUUCAACGCAGAGACGCUGGAGUACGUGACCACGCUGCCACGCACCCACUACUUGGGCGUGGACGUGGCCCAGGGCAUCCAGAUAAACCAUAUAAUGUCGGUGCCGCAGCAGGCCAAGUUUCCCGAUUGCAUCGCCAUGGUGUUUGACGAGCAGCGAUCCAAGGUGAGCUGCGUGUACAACGAUCAUUCGCUGUACAUCUGGGAUCUUCGCGACAUCUCCCGCGUGGGCAAGUCGCACUCGUUCCUCUACCACUCCACGUGCAUCUGGGGCGUGGAGACAGUGCCAUAUAAUGUGGAGCGGGAGCCAUCGCAAACGCUGCCGGAGGAGUGCUUUGUCACCUGCUCCUCUGACGACACGAUUCGUGUUUGGGGCCUGGACGGCUGCACCAACAAUGAUAUUUACCGCAGGAACAUCUACUCCAAGGAGCUGCUAAAGAUCGUUUACAGCGACGAGGAGCUGCAGUUCAUCAAGGAUCAGGGUUCGUCGUUGUUCGACAAGGCCGGCAAUUCCUCUUACGACGGCAGGAACGGUGUGCGUUGCAUCAAAAUCAGUCCGGAGCUGCAGCACUUGGCCAGCGGAGAUCGGUGUGGCAAUAUCCGGGUAUAUAACCUGGUUUACCUGCGCCUGCUCACAACCAUCGAGGCGCACGAGUCUGAGGUGCUGUGCCUGGAGUAUUCCAAUGACAAGAUCGAGCGAAAGCUGCUGGCCAGUGCCAGCAGGGAUCGUCUCAUCCAUGUCUUUGAUGUGGCCCAGAAUUACCUGUUGCUGCAGACGCUGGACGAUCACAGCUCCUCGAUUACCUCCAUUAAGUUUGUGGGCGCCGGACUCAACUUCCAGAUGAUAAGCUGCGGAGCUGACAAGUCUAUAAUGUUCAGGAGCUUCCAGGGCAACAUCUUUAUGCGGGGCACCAACACCUCUGGCAAGACAACGCUGUACGACAUGGAGGUGGACUCGAAUUCCAAGCACAUCCUGACCGCCUGCCAGGAUCGCAAUGUGCGCGUCUAUGGCACCCAGAAUGCCAAACAGACGAAAACCUUCAAGGGCUCGCACUCGGAUGAGGGCAGUCUAAUCAAGCUCAGUCUGGAUCCCAGCGGCAUCUAUGUGGCCACCUCCUGCACGGACAAGACCCUGGCUGUCUACGAUUACUACUCCAGCGAGUGUAUGGCCAGGAUGUACGGCCACAGUGAGCUGGUCACGGGCCUGAAGUUCACCAACGACUGCAGGCACCUGAUAUCGGCGAGUGGCGACGGCUGCAUCUUCAUCUGGCAGGUGCCCCACGACAUGAUUGUGACUAUGCAGGCGCGCAUGUCGCAGCAACGUCUCCGAUCGGGUCAUGCUCCGUUGCCCCGUCCCCUGGCUCCUCUGUCGCCACAGGAUGGCAUAGUCAUGGAAUCACCGACCAGUGAAAUGGAGCAGCCCAAGUUUGGAGUCACAGAGCGAUUCUCGGACGUGGGACAACUCCCUCAGUGGGCGAUGAGAAAGGCAGCCGGGGACUCGGAUAGCGGCGCUCUGUCCAUACCCACGCCCAGCGGUGGUGUUGGAUCCCAUUUGCCGCCUGCCCUUCAGGCUGCCUCGUCCAUGGGUAAUCUAAGCUCGUCGCCAAGUCAACAGCUUCCGGGAAUGGCACCCAGACCACGAGGGAGGUGGUCCCAGCGGAGCAGUCAGUUGGAAACCGCCGAUGACCUCCGAUCCAAUUCGGAGAGUCCCCUGGGCACCGUUUCCUCUGUGGGCGGACACAGUGGCGUGAAUGUGCAGACGUCUGAUUAUAACAGUGCCUCCUCCAAGGACAUUAUGUAUAAUCAAACCUACUUGAGCGAGGACUCCUCCAUCGAUUCCGGAAUGGAGACGCGAAGGGGCGAGCUCAAGUUUAUUGGCAGCAGCAACAAUGGAACAGUCGUGACAGUGUCCUCCGUUUCCUCGUUGGCUGUGUCUGCCACCAAUGGUGCCAUUACAACCGGAUCCGGACCAGCCGGCCAGCAGCAGCAGCAGCAGCGACUGCAGCUGCCGGAUAAGCGGGGUAAGCCGGGCCUGCGUUUCGAUACCCAGACCCACGAUCACGACGGCGACGUGGAGGACAUCUCUGAUGGGGAGAGAACGAGCUCGGAUCACGGCAUGUUCUACAACAACCUGGCGCCCAGCACGCCAACAGACUUCAAGGUGACGGCCAUGAACGAGGAGGAGCUGCGUAAGUCGAUGCGCCGAUCAAAGUUCGAGAAGUCAGGCCUUCAGCUGGCCACCUCGGGGCUAAGCGGAAACGGAAGUUCGCAUACAGCCAGCACUGGAACCGGAACUGGAACCUCCGACACCGAGGAUGAAGGCUCCACGCCCAGUGCCGAAAAUGCCGAACGUUCGCUGGCCUCCACGCUGGGCGGCAGCUCGGAAAAUCUGCCGCAAAGCAACAACAGCUUCCUGCAUGCCGCUCUGCCAGAGGGACCGGGACUAACCUCGCCCAUGGAAAGGGGCACAAGCAGUCGCCGAAGCAUCAGUGCCAAGCACAACACGGAGAAUGGGAAGAGUGUGGCGGCACCGCCCACCAUUACCAAGUCGUAUACGAGCACCAAGAAGGAGGAACUGCUGCAGGUCAUCAACAAGGUCAAGCAGCAGCUGGAGAAUGGUACCCGCAAACCUGGCAACCCAAGGUUGAAUGCUAUAGUCGAGGUAGGCCAUAGACCCCUUCGGGGAAGCCAUAGCAUAUCGGACCUGAGUCUGGCUGCCAAUUUGGAUGGCUCGAGGAGUACGGGCGGCGGUGGUCCAGGACGUUAUACAAAGCCAGUUGUUUCCCAUGACACUUUGCAGUAUACUAGUACCCAAAAUCCAACAACCACAACAGCAACUGCUGCUGCACCAAAUGUGAAUUCGCAACAGCAACAUCAGCAGCAGCUGCCACAUCAGCAAUGCAUUCCUUCUGCCGCCUCUCAGCAAUUUUUCAAUUGUGCUGCCCCCAAAUCCAAGCUACAACAAAACUUCCAGACGAUGCGACAGGUUCAACAGCAUUAUCCUCCCUAUCCCCACCACGUGGGUGUGCAUCAGAUACAUCCCCCACCCGGAGUUCCUUUCGGCGGCUCCUCAUCUGCUGUCCAGCACCGCCAGCAACAUCAUCAACAGCAGCAUCAUCAGCAGCAGUCGCAGCUGCAACAGCGGGUGAAAAGGAAUCCUGCUGGGAAUAAUAGACGUACUCCUAGUAUCUUGAAGCACUACAAAUCCUGUCCAGUGUCGCCGGUGCACGAGGAGGUGGAGUGGUCAGCCGAGGGCAACGAAAGAGGAGCCCUCCUGGGUGAACCCAAGAGGCACUCCGUUUAUGCAGAUGAUGCCAGAACUAUUUUGGACAUGAUCCACGCGGACACGGAGAAGAUGAUAGAUGAGAUUACCAGGAAGUAUGGGGAUCUCGAUGAGCCCUGCAGUAUACCGGCUUCCUAUUCCAUGCCAGCCAACUUGAGGGGCCUUGGUGGCCUGGGCUCCACGGGAGAUUCCACGCCAACUGGAAGGACAACUCAGUAUUAUGUUUACCGUGAGUUUUAUCAGUGCGAGCGGAAGGUCUCCCUGUCGGAUAUAUUGCAACCGGAACAGUUUGCGGCCAGCCAAAGGCGAUUGGACGAGGCCAGAUUCCUGGAGACUCAGCGCCACUCCAGUGCCAGCUUUUUCCUUACCGGGCAACAGAGUCAGGAGUCCCUGUCCCUGCUCUCGGAUGGCGAUGGAGCCGGCAGUUACUGCAACAGCCUGGAGAGCGUCCUCUCCGACGAGAGUGACUGCCAGAGUGCUCCGCUCGACUACCCCCAGGCGCAGGUGACUCAAGUGCUUCAGCAACGCCACGCUGGCAUCCGGAACUUUAUCAUCCAUGGGCCAGUGUCAAAGUCGUACGGGAAUAGCCCAAAUGCCUAUGGCAGCUUCGAUUACUAUAUGCGCCAGCAGCACCAUGCAACGACCACGGCCACGGACAGCUUCGAUGUCACCGGCUACAACCUAGAGCCGCUGAAGCCACUGCCCAGCUCGAAGACCUAUCCCAGAAUAGCCCAGGUCCAGGCCUCGGAAAAUAUACCCACUCUGCGAUCCAAGAACAAGCAAUAUAACUCAGGUGUCAACAAGUCGUUGAGCACGGAUUUCGCUCAACAGCGACAGCAACGGAACUCGAAUCCCAUGCAAUCGGGCGACAGCAAUAUGAUGUUUGUGAAGAAACCCCUCAAGCCCAAGCCCCCGGUGCCGGCCAAACCACAGAACCUGGUGAGCACCUUGAGCCACGUGGAAAAGCAGCAGAAGCAGCAAAAGGAGCAACAGAAAUCACAGUCCCGAACGGCCAGCGUUGUCCGGCAGUUUGAGCAUAAUUUACAGAAGUUCGAGAAGGAGAAGCAAAGGGAACGGGAUCAUCAGCAAAGGAGGCCGACGGCAAUGCGGAGUUCGGUGAGCAGUGGAGCCCUGGCCGGAGGAGGAUCCGGCACAGGCACCGGCACCCAGAGCUGCCUGAAGAAGGUCUCACGCUUUGAUACAAGCGAGAGCAGUCGCCGAGCCACCAGUGUGAGGCAGAAGAACAGGCCCAAGAUCUCGGUGCGAUUCAAUACAGUUUCCCAGAUUAAGUAUACGCCCAGUGCCAAGAGGGAGAGGCAGCGGCAGGCCAGAGAGGCAGAGGAGGAGGAGUCUCCGCCGGAACUGGAAGUCGGCAGCCUGCCCAGCGACUACGGAGAGCGUAGCUUCGAAAUGUAUUUUGCGGAAAAUGGGAAUGCUCCGGAGAACUUGGAGAAUAUGCAAACUCUCAAACUCUACACGAAGCCCCAGCUCCAAGCGGUGGUCGAUGAGAUCCAGCAGGAGCGAGAAAAGUACCGCAAGAACCUGGAUAAUGCAGGAAGAAUCAGUGGAAAGGGCGGCUCCACCAGUCACCAGUGCCAGAAUAUAGCCAAAAAGAUCGACAUUAUCGAGAAGUUAAUCGAAAUGGAGGAACGCAAGAUGGAGCAAAUCCGUUUGGCCACCGAAUCUCGCCUGCGACCCUUCAACUGCAAUGCCAAGGAGAAGGGGUAUGUGAAGAGUUUGACCAUGAAUUUCGAUAUGCUGGCCCGGGGAGAAGAGCCGGCUGAGGAUGAGGAGCUGACCUCCAAAGAUGCCUCUGAUCUGUGCGCCUACGCCAGGAAUAUGCGAAGAAACUGCAGUUUGCCGGAUGUCCUGGAGAGCACGGACUUCACUGGGAUCUAUAGUAGUCAGGGCGUGGAGCUGGCCAAGGAAGUCAGAGCCGAUGAUGAGGGGCGCGAGGAACCAGAAAACACUGCUGCAGAUGGUCCCCAUUGCGAGGACAAAGGACCAACGACGGCGACGACUGUUGUUUUGAGGAUGGAGCCAGGCAAUCCCAAAACGAUUAAUCCCAUGCCCAUCGAGGAGUCAUCCAUACGCCGCGCCUGCUCGCUGAGCGACCUGCACAUGGGCAACUUUGGCAAGCCUGGAAAAUCCACUGGCGGCACGCCACAGAAGCCACAGAUCCAGCAUAGGAAUGGCAACAUCUCGCGAUCAGCCAGCAAGAGGAACAGUCUGCAGGGCAAGACGGGACUGGGUGCCUCCAGCAACUCCAUGAAUGUCCUCAAUCAGGGUAGCGACUCUGAGCCCGAGGACAGCAAUCGUUUGCGCAGUGCCAGCAACGGACAGGGUCGUAGUAAUGGACCCAUAGCUGCCAAUCGUCAGUACAGCAACAAGAUCAACAAUGCCAACAACAAUCGUCGGAAGACACCAAACUUUAGCAGUGCCACACCACAAAUGCAGGACGACUCUAGCUCCGAGGAGACGCCCAAUAAUACGGUCAACAACAAGCCAAUUGUGCCACCGAGACCAAGGAAUCUGGGCUUUGAUCACAAGAGCAAGCUGCUUGGCAGCCCUGUUGGAAAUGCCAACAAACAGAGGAGCGGUGUGACUUCCCUGGAAGAAUAUGAGGGCACAGAUCCCGAAGCCCAAGUGCACAAUGUGAUCAACAAAUUAUAUACGACAACUCAAGCAGCCAUGCAGCUGCAUGCGAAUCUAAAGAACUCCCUGCUGCUGAAGGAAUUGGAGAAUGCUUUAAUCAUGUCCAGGAAUAUGCUGAGCAGCAUUACCACAAAUCGACAAGCGGAAAAGACAAACAAUGGAGUCGGAGUCGGAGUGGGCCAGGGUAUGGGAGUGGGAAAUAGUGGGGGUGGAUUGAACCACGAUCAGCUGAGCGCUGACAACGGAGACUAUCUGAUGAUGGUCAACAACUGUGCCGAUCUUUUGAGCAAUUUACGCACGAAGCACAAACCCGAUGACUGUGAGAAUAACUCCUAGUGUGUAGAGCUUUAGGAUAGACUAAAUGACUAAAUGCGGGGACGACUAACCAACACCUAUUUAUUUAACGGAACACAUACAAACACACACACACGCAGAGGAAUCGAGCUCUUACUAAUUUGUAAUUAAUAAACAUUCACAGCUAAUGUACAUUUUUUUUGUUUAGUAAUAAGUCCCUAAGAUUUUGCUCUUUCGUUUAUAUAAUUUCUUGUCGUGUGCGUGUUGCAUUUCUUUUAACAUCUAAUUUAUAUGGCAAUAAAAUGCGUGUUUAGCUUGAAUUAAAUUCUGUAAAUGUUAAGUUUAA